AUGUCUGGGCGCGGGAAGCAAGGCGGGAAGGCUCGAGCCAAGGCUAAGUCGCGCUCCUCACGGGCUGGACUGCAGUUCCCCGUGGGCCGCGUCCACCGGCUGCUGCGCAAAGGCAACUACGCGGAGCGAGUGGGGGCCGGCGCCCCGGUGUACCUAGCAGCGGUGCUGGAGUACCUGACAGCUGAGAUCCUGGAGUUGGCAGGCAACGCUGCCCGUGACAACAAGAAGACACGCAUCAUCCCCCGCCACUUGCAGCUGGCUAUCCGCAACGACGAGGAGCUCAACAAGCUGCUGGGUAAAGUAACGAUCGCGCAGGGUGGAGUGCUGCCCAACAUCCAGGCCGUGCUGCUGCCCAAGAAGACUGAGAGCCACAAAGCAAAGAGCAAGUAAAGCAGGCCUAGACAACCGUGCCGAGCACGGAAA